CAACAUCGUGGUUAUAAGCGGAAAGUCAAUACGACGGAGAGUAUUCGUAGGAUUGCCGGUGAUCUCGAGAAAAUCGACCAACGUUUACAGCACUUAAUGAAUUUUGAUCGUGCAACAGGCUAUGCCAAGCAGAAGGACUCCUUAAAAAAGGAGUUCGACAUGUUCCUCCGUUCACUCCCUGCCUAUAUAACCCUAGCGACUGUUGCUCCGCGCGAUAUCUGUCGGUUCCUGGUUUUUACGGACAAGGAUGGAAAAAACCAGAUUCACCGUAAUGACUGUAGACAUAUUGGGCAAAAGGGAAAGUAUGACUGUGGAUGUACAGUACGUUUGUCAUACAAGACUUAAGCCUCUUAUAUUGGUAAGCUACAAGCCAUCUUCCACGCUCUUGGACGGGAUGGUGAGUGGGACAAGCGUCUAGGCCUAGGCAAUCCAGCGGCGGAUAAAUCGCUAAAGGAUCUCUUGAGGCUAGUAACGGCGGAACAAUUACAGGCACGGUUAACACUUAAGCAGGCCAUUCCGUUCUUUGUUGAUAAGCUGACGCAAUUGCGUUCACAUUUGGACGGGAAGUUACGAUACGCCAAGAGAGCAAUUGACAGAUUCGCGGUAGCCCGCGAUCAGGCAUAUUUUAAAUUAGCCUUCUUUAGUGGGGAUCUACCCGGAGAUUUGGGAUAGGUUAAGGCUCCUGAAAUUCUACGUUUCCCAAACGAUGAUAGGUUUCUUUUCAACCAGAUUUGGGGCAAGACACUUAGGGAUGGGGAUUUGAACGUGUUUGGUGUAAGGAGAAAUGCGCAAGUAGAAAUCUGCCCUAUUCGAGGCAUCGAGCGCUACCUGGGUCUCGCGCGUGACAUGGGAGCGGAUUUGACGCGUGGUUACUUGUUUCGCGCAACUACGCCGGAUCUGGGUAUCAAGGAUAUGUGUUUGCAUAUAGGUAACACCAUGGAUGUGAAACUGCUAUUUUUAGUCUAACAGAACGAUGGAAACAAGAGUUGACAAUCAUGAGGUAAUCGGCAUAGUUUCAAUGGAUUUAUCAAAAGCCGCAUGAUUUGAUAUUUACGACAAAAUUAUUGACCUUCUUAAGGACUAUCUUUCUAAUCGAAGGCAACGGGUGAAACUUGGAAAUGCUCAUUCUACAAGGAAGGAUAUAACGACUGGAAUUCCCCAAGGAUCCAUACUUGGCCCUGUUCCCUUCAACAUACCGUAAAAUUUCGAAAAUAAGCCCCGGGGCUUCUACAUGUAUUUUUCAAAGACCCUUUUUGAGGGGGCUUAUUUUUGGAGGGGAUUAUAUUCGAAGGGGCUUAUGUACGGACUGGGAAAUUUGCGUUUCAAAAGUGAUGGGGCUAGCUUAUAGUUGGAAGGAAAUUUACCGUUUUUGUUUUGUUUUGUUCUGUAUUUGAGGGCAAUUUCCAAGUACAAGCCCCAGGGGGCUUAUAUUCUGAGGGGCGAUUAAACGGAGGGUUUUUUGCGUUACGAGUUUGGGGGGCCUAUAUUUGGACGGGCUUAUACAUGGAGGGGCUUAUUUUCGGAAUUUUACGUUAUUUAUGAACGAUCUUGUUUACGUGAUAAAGCGUAGUAACCUAUCGACUUAUGCAGAUGACACACAGAUUUUCUUUGCCGAUAAGUCCAGGAAACCAUAAACUCAGAGUUAUCAUACGUAGAUAAAUGGUUUUUGGAAAAUGGCAUGAAAAGAAACCUCUCUAAAUACCAGGGCUAUGGUGAUGAGUUAUAGGAAAGUUAAUCCGGAAUUUCGCUGCGAAAAUAACAUCAUUCCAAAUAGCGAUGCGCUUCAGAUGCUUGGAGUUACUGUUGACGAUAUGUUGAAAUUCGAUAAGCACGUCGCUGAAACACUGGAGAAAGUAAAUGAAAGAGCAGUUCGGUUUGUUUUUAGAGACAAACAAAUUACAUAUGAAGAACUUCUUAAGCAUUUUAAGAAGAACACUGAUGGAGCAAAGAUUGAGUAAAAUUCUCUGUUCCGUUUUUAAACUCGUAAAUAAUAAAACGAACCCGGAAAGCUUAAAUGAGUUAAUCUCAUUACGAGAAACAACAUACGCCUUGAGAGGAAAGAUGGACAUUUUAAAAGAGCUUAAGGUCAACACAACACGCUUUGGACUCAGUUCCUAGCGGUAUCAGGCGGAUUUUUUUUAGGAGGGGGUGCACUCAUCUCUUGCUCUACUUCAACACCAAUAAACCACACAGUUUUUUUUUGCAGAAUACCAGUUGUAUCAGAAAACCGCAGGUCAUCUCAGCGGGGGGGGGGGGGGCGCCCCCCCUACGGGGGGGGGGGGGGGGGUGCGCACCCCCUGCACCCUUCCCCUAGAUCCGCCCCUGAUAGUGUCGUCCGAUUUUAAAACGUUCAAAAAAGCUGUUAGAAAAUCAGUCAUUAAUUUAGCGUCGACGAAUCGCCUUUUUAAUCAAUUUUGUAAAUAAUUUUUAAUAGUAUUUUAUGUAUGAUAACUUAAUUUUAAUUGUAAAUAGCUUUUAUAUUGUUUUAAUAAUUUUUGUUGCUACAACGUUUCAUUUACAGUAGCAUACCUGUGAAUUAGCUGACGAAGUCUUCUUUUUUAACUAACCCAUGUAGCUAAGAGUAUGCGCCACUUAAAAAAAAGCAUCUUCUCAUCUUAUCUUAUGCCCCCUUUACUUCCUCGGCGACUGAAUCAUGUUUAAAGGGUUACCUAAAGGAGAUGAAGACGGACGGACAAUGGUGAGACUCUUCAUAGCCUGCAUAGCAGGCAUCGAAAGGGGUAGGGGAUAGGAAGGAAGGGCAAAAGGAGGGGGAUUUUCUCCCUCCCUCCCCCAUCUCCCUCCCCUUUUUGCACCUGCCACGCAGGCUAGACUCUUUAUGGGUUUCGUGCCGGCUGUGCGAUCACUUUAACCUUAUCUGUCGGAAAUUAUGGACCAUGUGGGCUGGACUCGCCAAUACACUGCACUGCCCUAUAUUUUAUGCAGUUGGCGAAGGUGUUGAACCUGACUGGCGCCUCGGCGAGAUUGGCCUCGAACAUUGGUUCGGAGGUGACCAGUACAUCAUGGCAGGAUAUUCACCAGUCGAAACGUUUUAUGUGUGCACCCCCCCUGGACAGUCUAGCAAAAAGACUUCUCGAGAACUAA